AUGCCCGACGAUCAGCAUGAUCCGCCGGCGCGCCUCUUCGAGCGACUCCGCCAGAUUGCCGGCUACACCUGGGACGAUAGUCAUCCGCCGUUCCAUACAACCUAUGACAUCUGGCAUGUCGCUGGCACCAAGUUCGUGUCGCCCUUCUCCCCGCCCACGACAUAUCCCGUCUCGAGCCCUGGGUCGGCCGCGAGGCUCCAGUCCGGCCGCCCCUCACCCUCUGAGCACUACAGCUCCCCCAGCAUCAUCGGCGCCGAGACCCAGGCCGACGCCAGCAAAGACCCCUCGCUCUCGCCCGCAUCGCCUCCCAUACCGACGUCGAACCCCGAUACCCUCUACCCCGAAGAACCCGUCAUUGCACGCAUAUCCUACCAUGUCCUCCGCGAGGAGAGAACCUUCCACAUUACCAAGCAUCUCAUCACAUCCGUUGACCCCCACGGAGAGCAUAUCGUCAAGCCGAUAGACCUCGUCCGCCUGACGCCGCAGCCCGGAGACCGCGGGUCCAUCAUGGUGGCCAUCUACCAGCACCCCGGACGCAAUGCCAUAUUCGACUUGAUAGACCUCGGGCCAGCCUUUUACAGCACGCGCAAGGUCAAUAACCAUUGGGAGGCGUACAGAAAGGAGGUUUUUACUCUCAACCCGCCGAUAGGCGUGCCAGAGUUUCUGCGCUUCGCCGUUGGCGCCGCGCAGUGCCUGGAGAUACUGCACUAUGGUCAAGGCGCCACGCACGGCGAGAUCAGGCCCGACGCCUUCCACUACAAUAUCGAGACGCACCGCGUCAAGCUCGCCGCCAUUGGUACGGGCACCAGGUCCUUCGAGAACCGACUGCAGAGCUCGGCGUGGUCGAACCUGUCGAAGGAGCUGGGGGCGAAGAACAAGCUGCUGUAUAUCAGUCCCGAGCAGACAGGACGCAUGCCCGCCGAGCCCGACAGCAGGACAGACAUUUACUCUUUGGGCGUCGUCCUGUGGACCAUGCUGACGCAACAUCCCGUCUUCGAUGGUGAUACGCCUCUAGAUAUCGUCCACUCCGUGCUCAAGGGAAGCAUACCCCGACUGUCGAAAGUGAGGGAAGACGUUCCGUCCGUCAUUGGCCGCAUCAUCGAAAAGUGUACGGCCAUGCGCGUGGCCGAUCGCUACCAUUCGGCGAGCGGUCUACGUCACGAUCUUGUCAAGGUCCAGGAGUUUCUGGAAAAGGCAGACUGGCUGGCCCUCGAAAAGUGGACCAUUGGUGAGAAGGAUAUCUCCUCCUUCUUCAUCCUGCCGACCAUGAUGAUCGGGCGAUCCAAAGAGAGGAACGAACUGCUCAAGGUCAUCGACCGAUCUGCCAAGAGCCACGCCAUGAGCCAAAAGGUCGCCAGCAAUAGAUUUUCAGACGGUUCCAACCUCUCCAACGACGUGUUGGACGCGGCCGACGCCUCGAGCGAAGGAGCCAGUUCCGCCGAUGGCACGGCCCGCCGCAGCGGAUCCUUCACCCAAACUACCUCCUCAGACCCUAGGCAGGUCAGGGCUAGUUUUGUGCCGUCGGUGCUCUCCGACAGCCAGACCAUCUCGGGCGAGACGGUUGCCUCGACCAACUCUGGUCCUCUGGCGCGAAUGGCAAGACCAUGGGAACGCAACUCCUCCAUCUCUGUCGAGACGCGAAGCCUGGCGGACAGCAUGGGAACCAGUGAUAUGAACCGGCAAAGCGUGGCCGAAUCUACAGCGUCGAGCCUGUCCCGCCAACUCGGGUCGGCCAAAUUUAGGCGCCGCGGACACUGCGAGAUCAUUACCAUCGAAGGUGUUGCCGGCCUGGGCAAGAGCUUUCUCUUCCAGUCUGUCUUUUCGGAAGCCAGGAAGCGGGGCUACUACGUCUCUGCCAAGUUUGACAACGCAAGGAGACAGGCCUUCGGCCCUUUGCUCAAGUUGCUGUCAUCACUCUUCCGACAAGUAUUCGGCGAGAAACACACAGACACGCCUUUUCACCAUGCUUUGAAACACUACAUCCGCCCUGUCUGGCCGAUGCUUGCCAAAGCAUUAGGUCUCCCUGAACAUCUUCUCGGCACCAUUGACAACUCAACUAUGCGAUCCCCGCCGACCUUUCAGGGCUCUCGCAACAUGAGAAACAGCAUGAAGCAUGGGCUGUCUCCUGACGCUUCACCCGGCCUGCAACCCAAGAACCCGGGCAUACCGUUGCAAAGCUCGCAGGAUUUCCUGCGAGCAGGCACGUCUACGAAGAACACGAGGCUGAUGAACACGUUUUUGGACGUAUUGCGCAUGAUUACGGCCAACAAGUUUAUCAUCAGCGCAAGGAUGAGGAUGGUCAUUAUUGUGACGUACCGGCCGGAUGAGAUGACGCCUGACGAGGUUCACUCCAUUGUCAACUCAACAGAACCCGACGGCAAGUCCAACCAUUGUGAUCAUGCAGCGGACAACCACUCAUGCUUUACAGACUUUUCGCGCACAGGGAGGCCGACAAUCACCAGGAUUGCGCUGGCGCCCCUCAGCGAGAUCGACAUUGUGCACUAUGUUGCGGCCACAUUAUGCCGACCCAAAGAGGACAUUUUGCCAUUGGCCCUCGUCAUUCAGUCCAAGACUGCUGGCAACCCAUUCUACAUCAGAGAGAUGCUCAGCGCAUGCUACCGCAACAAGAGUAUCUGGUACGAAUACAAGGACAGCAACUGGCACUUUGAUCUUGACCGACUCUUCGAUCAGUUCCAGACGGAGGGAUACGAUGUUCUCGAUACGGCUUUCAUCACUCAGCGUCUGAAAGAGCUUCCACCAUCGGCGCGCGCAAUCUUGGCCUGGGCUGCGCUUCUCGGCUACUCCUUCUCUUUUGAGCUCGUCAGUCGUCUCUUGACGGGCGAGUUCCAAUACGCGGACGAUGUUGCUUGUGUUGACCCGAACGCCCAAGAGGUGAACACAAAAUAUUCUAACGAUGAACUCAUCGCUGGCCUCCAGGCCGCCGUCAACGCGUGUAUUCUGAUGCCUGGCGAGACGGAUGACCGGUUCCGUUUCGCCCAUGACCGCUACAUACAGGCCUCGGCCGCUCUCAAGGAAUGUAACGCCCGCAAAAUGCGCUUCAUCAUCGCCCAGACUCUCAUGAAGUACUACUCAACGGAUGCUCGGGCGCGAGAUACUGCUUCGUUACACAUUUGCGAGUCGGCCGAGCUGAUUAAACGGCGAGUGAAGAUCCGCGAACCCUUUCGCACGCUGCUCCUCGAGUGCGCCGCUACGGCAACAGAGAACGAGGCACGGCCGACGGCUGCCAAGUAUUAUGCGACGGCCUUGGACCUCCUCCAACCGAACCCCUGGGCCGAUGGCCCCGAGGACGUGUCUUACGACGAAACCCUACAGAUACACCUGCGAGCGGCCGAGUGCAGUCUGUACAUGAAUCAGGAAGAAGAGGCGAGUCGUCUUCUCUCAAUCCUUUUUGACAAGGGACGUACGGCGAUCGACAAGGCACCCGCUUACGUGCUGCAAUCACGGAUUCACGCCCAAGCUGGGGAUGUUACCGCAGCGUGCGACUCGCUGGAGAAGUGUUUACGCCUCAUGAAUGUCAGGCUGGAGGAACACCCUACGUACGAACGCUGUGACCGAGAAUUUGAACGCCUGGCGAUCAAGAUUCAGACGAUGGACAAGACGGAACUGAUGCAGCCGGCCGUGUCGCCGGACCCUACGUUACCCUCGAUCGCCGCCGUCAUGGCUGAGACGUUGAGCUCGGCAUGGUGGAGCAACUCGCUCCGGUUCUAUAGCAUCACCCUCGCCAUGCUAGAUCUGCACUUGACCUCUGGCGCAUUCCCGCAGUCUGGGCUGGUCUUUCUCUACUUUGGCAUCAUCGCGCUCUCCCGCUUCAACCUCGUUAAAUUGGCUGUGGAGGCCGGGGAUGUCUGCAUCGAGAUGCUCGAUCGAUUCCGAGAUCCAUUCUCCAUGGCGAGGGGCUACAUGGUCUAUGCCAUCUUCAUCGGCCACGUUCAGUUCCCCGUCAGCGUGGCCUUGGCACACCUGGAAGGCUCUGUCGAGUAUGCUGCGGCCGCCGGAGAUCGCACAUCGUCAAUCGUGAGCGCUGGCUUGUCUGCGAUGCUCAAGUUUUACGCUAGCGAAAACCUCGCUGAUGUCGAGGCAUUCGCCCAGUAUGCCUGUGAAGACGUUCAGGGUUGGAAGGACGACACUCGGGGCGGCACUCUGCUCAUCGCCGUUCGGCAGCUCUGUCGUGCCAUGCAGGGCAAGACGAGAACCAGGGACGCACAGCACGUGUUUAGCGACAAUGUUUUCAACACACUCCAGUACAAGUCGCGGCUCGACACGAAAGUCCUGAAUGGCAACCGCUCCAUCUUGUUCUUCGAGACGUUGGAGAUCAUUCCGCUUUUCCUCUUUGGCCACUAUGACCGCGCGAUCGAGAUCGGUGCAGCCUGUUACGAGAACAUCGAUAUCAUGUGGUCUGCCCGCAACAGUCGCCACCUCAUAUUCUUCUACGGCCUGUCCCUCGCUGGCCGGAUGCUGCAUCGUCUCGACGACCCGCGGUUCAACCCAGACAGCCUCGAGGCGGAGAAGCAAGAAUGCAUCCAAACACUGCGCGUGUUUACGAGAAAGAUCAAAGAGUGGGCCACGUACAACGAUGUCAACUACGCUUCGUGGUACAAGAUUCUCGAUGCUCAGAUUUGCGAGCUCAGCAAGGACUACGGCGGCGCAAUCAUGCUUUACGAAGAGGCAUUGGAUCAUGCCGAAGAGCACAAUCACACCUUUGACGAGGCGCUGGGUAACUAUCUCAUGGCCGGUGUGUUCGUCGGGAGAAAAGCGAGGCGUUCUGCCCGAGCGGCCAUGAGGGACUCUGCCGCGCUGUAUCGGCAGUUUGGUGCCGUCGGCGUGGCUGAUCAUAUCGAGGAGACGCACGCCCUCCUUCUCCAUGGCCCAACACGGAACCCGCGGACCGUAGAUGCCUGUGUGCAAACGGACUUUUCAUCAGACGCUCCUCCACCGCACUUCCGUGCCAUGGACGGCGAGGAGAGCGAGGAUUUACCACUGGCUCCCAGCAGCGCGAUGGUCGAUCUGAAGGGCGAACGGAUCGGUGCCUGGCGUGGCUCCGUGCACCUCCAAGCUGGUGCCGGGGCCGGUCUGCCUGCGCUCGAUAUGAUUGACCUGCAUGCGAUUCUGCUGUCGUCUCAGGUCAUCUCGGCCGUUCUCAAUGUCGACCAGCUUCUCGAGACGAUGUGCGACGUCAUCUUACAGACCUGCGGUGGCACGGCCACACUCGCCGCCAUAAUCGUCCGCGAUGCGCAGGGAUGGUGUCUCGCGGCUAGCGGAGAUCCUGAGCGGGGAGCAAAAGCCCCUGAGAGCCGCGAGCUGCUCUCGCACACGUCCCUCGUCGCAGAGAACGUCAUUCUCUACUGCACGCGGUUCCGGGAGACGUUGUUCAUUCCAGAUAUCCUCAACGACGAGCGGUUUGGCAACGUCAACGAAGCAUGGCUCCAGCGCAACGUCUUGAGUAAAGCUGUCAUUGCGAUUCCCAUCUCCCGCGGAGCCGGCAACGACGGGCUGCUCGGCGUCCUCUACCUUGAGGGCGAGCCAGGGUCGUUUACCGAUCGCAAUGUGUCAGUGCUGCAACUGCUCGUCAACCAGAUCGGCAUCAGUUACUCCAACUCGCUGGCCAUGAAGGCCGUGGAGAAGGUGUCCAAGGAGAACGAGUCGAACGUGCGGGCGCUCAAGAGCACGGUGGAUCAGGCGCGAGAAGCUGAGGCCAAGGCCAAGGCGGCCGAGGCGGAAGCGAAACGCAACGUCAAGCUGGCCGAAGAGGCAGCGAGGGCCAAAUCAAUCUUCCUGGCCAACGUGUCCCACGAACUGCGGACGCCUCUCAACGGCGUCAUUGGCAACUCGGAGUUGCUGCGCGACAGCAGCCUCAACAGGGAGCAACUGGACAUGGCGGACUCGAUCCGAGUGUCUGCCGAUCUGUUGCUCACGGUCAUCAACGACAUUCUCGAUUUCUCGAGAAUGGAGGCCGACAAGAUGAAACUGUAUGUCAUCGCCUUCAACCCGGAGGAGAUGGUGCGUGAGGUCGUGCGUGCUGUGUCGUACAGCAACAGGCAGAAGACACAGAGGAAGAACGUUACGAUUACCAAGGACAUCAACCUUCCCCCGAUGCUUAUUUACGGCGACCCCAUCCGUCUGCACCAGGUGCUUGGGAACCUCAUCAACAACAGCCUCAAGUUCACAGAGAAUGGUUCCAUCACGAUCGGGGCGCAGGUCGAUUUCGAUUCGAACGAGAAGGCUGUGCUUACCUUCAAAGUCCAAGACACCGGCAUCGGCAUUCCACAGCAGCAGCUCGAGAAGCUGUUCCAGCCGUUUUCGCAGGCGGACGCCAGUACAGCAAGAAAGUACGGCGGCAGUGGUCUCGGACUCAGCAUCUGCAAGUCUCUGAUCGAGACCAUGAUGAAGGGCAAGAUUCACCUGGAGAGCCAAGAGGGCGUCGGCACCACGGCUUGGUUCACCGUGACCUUUGACAAGGCCACGCCGGACGUCAAUGCAGGUGACGCGCAAACCGUCAAGUCGCCGCCCAUCGCCGACCGUUUCACGAUACCCGCGACUCCGCUGAACGAGCUGGCGCCAAACCCGUUCAUCCAUCUGACGACCAUACCGAAGGACCAGAUCCGAAUUUGCAUCGCCGAGGACAACCUGAUCAACCAGAACAUUGCCAUGAAGUUCUCGCGACGCCUGGGCUACACGACGGUGGACGCGUACGAGAACGGGCAAAAGGCAAUCGAAGCACUGAGAAAGAAGGCACAGGAAGGAGAGCCAUAUCACGUUGUGCUCAUGGACGUGCAGAUGCCUGUGCUCGAUGGCUAUGAAGCGACCAAGGCAAUCCGUAGCGAGCCGUUGGAGGCCGUGAACAAGGUCCUGAUCAUCGCCAUGACGGCAUCGGCGAUUCAGGGUGAUCGGGAGAAGUGCCUGGCGGCCGGCAUGAACGAUUACAUCGCAAAACCCGUCCGGGUCGACGUCUUGGGCCGAAAGCUGGACAACUACAUUAUGCCGCACACCGCGGCGACGGGACCCGGCAGCAACACACCCGUGAGGCCAUCCCCGGCAUCUGGCGCCUUCGCGCCGCCACCUAGACCGGCGGCGGUGCCCGUGUCCCAGACCCCGCCAUCUUCGCGCACAACGCCAAGCCCGCCCGUGUAUCCCGGCUUCGAGGGCAACGGCGUCGCCGCCAGCGCGCCUAUUCCCAUUCGCGACAAUCCCGCCUAUAGCCGCCCGUCCGUUGUGCCGCUGGCGCCAAGCCAACGAUCGAGCGAGACGCGGCUGUCGGACGCAACUGACGCGCCGUCGGUGACGCCCUCGCAGAAGCGGCUGACCAAGAAACUCACCAAGAGUCGCACGAGCAGCGAGACGAACAUGAUUCCGCCGCCGCCGCCGCCGUCAACACAAACGCAAGAGAAACCAGAGAAGACCAAAGGCGUGCUCACGAAACGGCCGCCGCAACGGCAGGGGACGACGUCUUCGACAGACGGGAUGGAGAACGUACCGCUUGACGCUGCUCAGCGGAACAGCGCAAGCUCGAGCCGGGACCGGUUUUUUAUGGGCUGA